AGAUUUUUAUGAUGAUUUUGCUUCCUUCAUUUUCAUUGAAUUGAUUUUGAUACGUAAUUUUCUGUCGUCUACUCGCGAGAUCUUUGUUAUAAAUUUUAUGAUAAUUCAGAUAAUACUACAAAAAUGGUCGAUCCAAUAUUUGAUUACCAGUUUAGGCUGAUUCUGAUCGGAGACAGUACAGUGGGCAAAAGUUCUUUGUUGAAAUAUUUUACGGACGGUAAAUUUGCGGAGCUAUCCGAUCCGACGGUGGGUGUUGACUUUUUCGCUAGAAUAAUAGAAGUGCAAGAUGGGACUCGGAUUAAACUGCAGCUGUGGGACACGGCGGGGCAGGAGCGGUUCAGAUCCAUCACCAAGUCGUACUACAGGAACUCAGUUGGUGCAUUACUGGUGUACGACGUGUGUAACCGGGCGAGCUUCGAGCACAUUCCCCUGUGGAUGAUGGAGGCCAAGCGCCACAUUGAGCCACACAGGCCCGUGUUUGCGCUGGUCGGGUGCAAGGUGGACCUCGUCGGUGACAACAAGAAUGGCGCCCGGAGAGAGGUCACAUGCGAGGAAGCUAGAAUGUUUGCUGAACAAAAUGGUCUCCACCAUGUGGAAACUUCUGCCAAAACUGGUGUGAAUGUGGAGGAAGCUUUUGUACUUGUUGCUCAAGAAGUGUACAACCGCAUACAGACUGGCGAGUACAAGGUGGAAGAUGGUUGGGACGGCAUCAAAACUGGCUUCAACAGACCGAAUGGUAUGGACUUCAAUCUGUUAGAAGCUGAGACAGUGCAAUCAACAUGCUGUUAGAACAUAAUUAAAUCUAAUGUAAAUAUUGACUUGUGAUUUGUAGAAUAAAUGCAUUGACUUUGUUUCAUAAAUUAAAAGGAUAUUGCAAAAUUUAAAACAUGAUUGUGUGCAGAUUGGUUUCAGGGUCAAUUUUACUGACAGUAUUAUUUGUGAAACAGAGUCACUGCAGCCAUGAUUUUUAAGCAUAAUUUUAUAUUUAAAGUUACAAAUUGUAAUAUUCUGAUGUAGUUGUGGAUGAGUCUUGUAACAGUCACUUGUAUUGAUUUUUCUUUGUACAUAGAAUGAAUUUCUUAUUUGCACCCUAUUUUGAGCAAUCUUUUGAUUAAAUACAGUCAAGUGCUAGGCAUCUGGUGCUUAAAUAUCUACACAAGAAUUUCUGUAAUUUUAUGUGAAAAAUUACAGAAUUAUUUAUUACUAGAAAACCUGUUAAUUUGGUUUUUUCCAUAGACCUACAAUCAAUUUUGUGAUUUCAAAGUAAAUCCUUGUUUUAUUCUUGUAAUCAACCUAAGCUUGUUUUCAAACCAAAGAGUGGAUUUAUUGAAAUACAAUUG